UAUAAGUAGGGGGAAAAGAAAGAAACAUGUGACUGACUACUGAGAGAGGGAUGAUGCAUCAUCUUCCGAAGGCGUUUUGGAGGUCAGAGAAUGAAUCAACGCCGGUGACUGAUCUGGUCACCUCACUCGAUGAUCAAAGACUCUACAGAGAGGUCACCCUCGCCCUACGAACCGGACUCCGUGACGCCCGCUCCGAUUUCUCCUUCCUUCGUCUACGCGGCCUUCGCAGCAUCCUCAAAUUCCUCCGGUCCGUCGCCGCAUCUGAUUCAACCAUCAACCUCUUCUCUCACACCCAAUCCAUUCCCGAUCUCCAAGUUGUACCCGUUCUCUUCCAACACUCUUUACACGACUUCCAAGACCAGAUUAUCACCAAUCUGGAUCACAUUUUCAGCGUUCAACCCUUGAAGAUUACCAGCCCUUCUACCGAUGCUGAAGUUUCACUUGCACUUAGGGUUUUGGAAGGAUCUUGUUUACUCCACAGGGAGAGCAUGCUUCUCGCCCAUCACUUCAAGGCAGUUCAGGUUUUGAUGAACAUAUUAGCAACACGAGGAGUCCUUGAGCAAGGCGCAUGCUUAGAUGCUCUUAUCGCAAUAAUGAUGGACUCAUCCAUUAAUCAGUUGGAUUUUGAGGCAUGUAAUGGUAUUGAAGAAGUUGCAUUGCUUAUACGCGACAAACAAGUAGAUGAAAAUUUGAGGAUGAAAUGUGGAGAGUUCUUGUUACUAUUAAUUGGGCAUGUGAAUGGGAGAGAAGGAGCACCCAUGGCAGGCAUACAUGACGACAUAAGGCGUCUCCUGGGUGAGAAAUCUGCGUCUUUGAUAUGGGCAGCAAGUCAAUUUGGUUCCACUCUCGAUCCUGAUCAACGACUCAUGGCUCUUCACAUCCAAGCUCGCAGGGUGCUCGAGUCCCUAGAUCUCUAUUGAUCGACUUUUCACAUCCCUUUGUUUAAUAAACAUUUUAUUUAACAUCAUUUCACUUGUAUAUUAAUUAAGAAGCAUGAUAUUUGUCAUUUGUAUGUUCCAUGUGGGUGUGGUUAAUGUCGACUUCCAACGAACCUAUCUAUGUAUAUUCCUGCACUUAAUAUCGACUCCAUUCAUUCAACCUA